AUGCAGCUUUUGAAAUUUAUUACCCUUCUGGGAUUGACUGGAACGACACUUGCCGUCCCAAAUGCCUUCCCAGAACCGCAACGUGGCCGCCAAUGCACCACAUACUCCACCAUGACCCAAACAAUCACCAUAGCACCAAUAGUUACAGUUCCAGUCGCAAUCGUAGCGAUCAAAAGAACGGUCAACUGCGGCAGCUGUGUAUUGGAAGUGAGGACUAGGGUUAUCAGAAGAACGGUCCAGCGUGUACCCAAUGGCCGUGCAGUCAGGACGGUUGUUCAACGUUCUACUGCGACGACUUAUCAACCUGUUUGUCGGACUCCAGUGCCGGCACGUGCCAAAAGAAAUAACGACGAGAAUGAAGGUGAUGAUUAG